UGAGUUAAUGAAUAUUUCAUGUUUGUGUCUGCACAGCCGCUUCUGUUUUAUUAAUAUUUUACCACUCUCCAAAGCCACUAGAAACAAUUACAAAUCUUGCUGAUAUGAAUACCUAAUCAGAAUGCAAAAUGGGGAAGAUUUUUAAUUGCAGGGAUUUUUUUUAUUUUGGGUUUGUAUUGAUCCUUAUUCCCACAUCGGCCACAGCUCAGCUGUUACUCUGCAUGUUGCAUUUAAAGCCAGCACUAAAUUCUCAGUCUGGUUGAAGAUGGAGUUUCUGGCUCUCUGGCUCGUACUCCAUCUUCGUCAAUGUGUCCCAGGGGUCAGAGCACCAGCCAGACGUGUGGGGGUCCUGUUGAGCUGGUUGUGGUCUGGUGAAGCCUUUAGCUUUUUGGUUUCUGUUGAUGAACGUAUGUCCUGGAGGAUACAGUGAUUAAGUCUCUGGAUCCUGUGUGGGAGGGAAGAAGCCGGGAGAAGACAGUAGCUGAGGACUUUCUGCAGCAGAAGACUGCAGAACGCAGCUUGAGUUUAGUUGCACCUUUGACCUCGCUUUAGUGAGUAGGCUCGCUUGUGCUUGUUUAGGAACUCUGAGUUUCGGGAGGUUUUAGUGACCCCCAUCUAAUAACAGGUAGUACUUUGGGUAGCAGUCUGGUCUUGGCAACCACCCCCCUGGCUGCCCCCCCCAGCAAGUAUUCCCCUUGUUACUGUUUGGGAAGCAGGGAGAGAGAGAAGUGACAUGUUCCAGACACAGAUGGAGUCAGCAUCAGAUCAGGGUUGUUGUUCCCUAGUCAUGUGCCCAGACAGCAGGCUGUCCGCAUGUCUGUCAUCCUGAAGCUGAUAGACCCGCUAUUUUAAGAGCUUUUUUUUCUUUUUAAAUGGCUAGCAGGCAAAAUGAGAGGCCAAACAGUCUCUGUAAAUGCUGCAUAGUUACCAUCUGCCUUGGCAGUAGUUGAACAAGCACAUGGAUGGGCAGGAGCAGAGCUGAAUAACAUUUGAGAUCACAGUCCCUUCAAGCGACUUUGUCCAGCACCCCCUGCUGCCUGGGCAGUGGAGGGCCCAGAACUUAUGUAGCAGGUUUCACUUCAGGAUUCUGACGUGUGGCACGUUCCGUCUGGUCCGUUGUUCUGGAAUCCCGUGUUUGUGUGGCCAGAUUCACAGCACUCAUUUCAGAUGCCCAGAUGAGCCAUGUCCUCACCUCUAAGUGACCUUGACAAGCGAGUGGGGCUGCCAGGGAAUCCCGGGAGGAAAUGUUAACCAUAAAUCAUAUUCUCCUACCCCAUUUAGUACAAACGUCUAUCCUCCCUUUAAAAUAAAUUUGUUUACCUCUGCUUAGACUUUUGAACUACAUCCCAUUACAGUCCGGUUAGUCUGAAUUUCUGUCCAUUCCAGCUAUAAAUGCUGUGGAGCCCAGAGGCUAGUGGGCAUUUUAAAUUGCUUUUUGAGAUGAAUAUAUAUUAAAAAGUCAAAUGACCAAUUCAUCACUUCAGAGACAUGUAACUAGAUUGUAGAGUCCCGGGGCCCAGAACUGCUGCUCUUUGUACAGUACCACGCACAAUCAGUGCUGAACAAAUAAUGAUGUCAAGAAAAGCAGCACGCCUGACUCAGCUCCCGGGACACGGCCAGUGCCCUGCCGGGUGUGAGAAUGGACUGCUCUGCAUGGUUACAUGGGCCGCUGGUAAAUGCUUGCUUUCAUUAAGAAAUUUUUGAGCACAAAAUAUUUUUCUUAGGCAGCGUUUUGGAUUGGCAGAGAAAUAAAAUGCACAGCGGUUCCCUUCCCCUUUCCCAUGUUCAACUUCUUCCCAAAUCCAGGCAUUGCAAGGAAUUUACCCCAAACACCCUCUGUGACCUCGGGGCGGGAUUCCAAACCCUGCACUAGUGGGUUCGGCUGGGAAAGGGGGAGGGAUGGUUGGCCAGUUUUAAUAGGAGCUUUGUGGAAUCAGCAGAGCAGGAGACAGACUUGCAGGAGCAACAAUCCUCCUGCUGGAAUCUCCUAUGGAGAAGUCGCGUCUUCACGGCAGAGCCAAAUGAAAGCUUCAGUGUUUCAAGGGGAAACUUUAUGUAAGAUGCGCACCGGCUUGGCUGCUCACUAACCGAAAGCUGAAGGUCUCCCAGCCUAUGUGCAGAGGAACAGAAUGCGGGUCACCAUGAGGCGAGUGUUGCUGGGGCUUGGCUUUGCUGUUGCCCUGAUGGUGACUGUGCACCUUGGCCAGCAGAUGUUGGAGUGCCAGGCGCUGCUGGGCGAGGGCUAUGGCAAGCGGACACGUGGGCUGAUGAGACCAGAAAACGAAGAACUGGUUCUGGUGGACUCCAGUCGCAUCGAGUACCGGUACAGCAAGGAGAUGCCGCUGAUAUUUAUCGGUGGGGUCCCGCGGAGCGGCACGACUCUCAUGAGAGCCAUGCUGGAUGCGCAUCCAGAGGUCCGCUGCGGAGAAGAGACUCGCAUUAUUCCCCGGGUGCUGGCCAUGCGCCAGGCCUGGUCCAAAUCUGGGCGCGAAAAGAUGCGCUUGGAUGAAGCGGGAGUGACGGACCAAGUCCUGGACGCUGCCAUGCAGGCGUUUAUCCUGGAAGUCAUUGCCAAGCAUGGGGAGCCAGCCAGAUAUCUAUGUAACAAGGACCCCUUCACUUUAAAAUCCUCUGUCUACCUUUCCAGGCUCUUUCCCAAUUCCAAAUUUCUGCUGAUGGUUCGAGACGGCCGGGCUUCUGUCCAUUCCAUGAUCACAAGGAAGGUGACGAUUGCAGGCUUUGACCUGAACAGCUACCGAGACUGCCUUACCAAGUGGAACAAAGCGAUCGAGGUGAUGUAUUCGCAGUGCGUAGAAAUUGGGCAGUCCAGGUGCCUGCCAGUCUACUAUGAGCAGCUAGUGCUGCACCCCGAGCGGUCCAUGCGUGUCAUCAUGCAGUUCCUAGACAUUUCCUGGAGCGACGCAGUGCUGCACCAUGAAGAAUUAAUAGGGAAACCAGGCGGAGUCUCUCUUUCCAAGAUAGAAAGAUCAACAGACCAGGUUAUUAAGCCUGUAAACUUGGAAGCUUUGUCCAAAUGGAUCGGGCACAUUCCAGGGGACGUAUUGCAAGACAUGGCCCAGAUAGCACCAAUGCUCGCUAGGCUUGGCUAUGACCCAUAUGCAAAUCCACCCAACUAUGGCAACCCAGACCCCUUGGUAAUCAACAACACCCAGAGGGUUAUGAAGGGGGAUUUUAAAACACCAGCCAAUCUGAAAGGACGUCUUCAGGUGACUCAGAAUACGUCUGCUUCUCACUGAAAGUUAAUGAUUUCCAGGAUGUUGCAAGUGGCCUUUCAUUGCCCAGCAGAGAAGGAAUUUGCAAAUGCAGAAGUGGAAAUCUGUUAUCCAAGCAUAUUGCUUGCUACUAAUAUUGCCAAAAUGUGACUGCUGUACCAGGAAUGUAUUUGCAUUUAUUUGCAAAGGUCAAACAUUUAACACUUCAAGUACCAGUUGUCUACCUUUUCUGAACACGCUGUGGUAAAGAGAAAAAUCUGUGGAAAUGAAUUUUCUGACUGACCCUUCGAAGUGCAUUGGAAAGAGAUUUUAUAUUCAGUUACUGGAGAACUUUUUAAAGUUGCAUUAAAAUGGUCUUGUAAUUUUGUUCUCUCAUUUGAAACCAGAAAUAAGUGUAAUAACCACAUAGAGCCUUUGUUGUACAAGUGACAAUCGGAGACCUGCCUUCUAUCAUUCCUUCACUCGUAACGUACAGAGUCUAUUGAAGAGUUAAUAUAUGAGGCCGUUCUGUUUCA